CGACUUUAAAUGGCUGAUCCAACUUCUAUAAUGCAAUUUCAAUGUUGGUAGUCGACUACAGAACACUAUAAAUGCCUAUCUCUGGCAAGUCUAACUGAUAACAUAUCUAACGCUUUACAAUCGCGUUUUCUUGGGCAUUUAUUACCAGUACCAAUGAAAACACAAAAACAUCGUCGAGAUUAAUCGUUCAGAAACCAGAGGGCUAACGAAUUUAAAUCUUCGUUAAAUUGUGACAACAAUGGAUAAUUUGUUUCGAAGCGUGUUAAGAUUCUGCAGAAAUACCCUUUAAUAAAGCAAUUUAAGUAAAAUCAUCAACAUUAUAAGGGAAUGUACUUAAGAAAUUUGUUCUAUCAACUAUAGCCAAACAGUUAUUGAAGGAGUAUAAAUGUCUGUUUUGUCAAACUCAACAAAGCAAGUGUUACAAAGUCCAUCACCCCUUUCAAUGGAAGAACAAGAUGUACAUACAACAAAGAAACAAGAAAAAAAGGUUGGGAGCGAUGGUAUAUCAAAUACACAAAGAGUAUGGACAAGUUUGGUAUCAGGUGCUAUUGCAGGAGCAUUAGCAAAAACGACAAUAGCACCUCUAGAUCGCACGAAAAUAAACUUCCAAAUCUCAAAUCAACCAUUUUCGGCAAAAGCGGCAGUCAGAUUUUUAAUAAAUACUCUUAAAACAGAAGGUUUAUUAAGUUUGUGGCGUGGGAAUAGUGCAACUAUGGUUAGAAUAGUUCCAUAUUCUGCUGUUCAAUUCACAGCCCAUGAGCAAUGGAAAAGGAUUCUGGGAAUAAAUGGGUCGGAAAGAGAAAAACCUGGACUAAACUUUCUUGCUGGUUCAUUAGCGGGUAUAACAUCACAAGGCACAACUUACCCCCUGGAUUUGAUGAGAGCAAGAAUGGCUGUGACACAAAAGGCUGAAUAUAAAACAUUGCGACAAAUUUUUGUACGCAUUUACGUGGAAGAAGGAAUAUUGGCCUAUUACCGUGGCUUUACUGCAACGUUACUUGGUGUCAUUCCUUAUGCUGGUUGCAGUUUCUUCACCUAUGAUCUACUCAGGAACUUAUUAAAUGUGCACACGGUGGCUAUUCCUGGCUUCUCAACAUCACUGAUUUGCGGCGCCAUUGCCGGAAUGGUUGCUCAGACUAGCAGCUACCCUUUGGACAUCGUACGGAGAAGAAUGCAGACCUCAGCAAUCCAUGGCCCGAUAAAUAGCCAGCAUUAUCACACAAUUACCUCAACUGUCACAAAAAUUUACAAAGAAGAAGGUAUAAUGGCCUUCUAUAAAGGAUUGAGCAUGAAUUGGGUGAAAGGCCCAAUUGCUGUAGGAAUUAGUUUUGCAACACAUGAUUCAAUCCGUGAUGCGUUAAGAAAACUCAUAAUUUCCCAAAAUACUUCAUCAAAAACAUAAAAAGCAACAAAAGUAGCUAAUUAUAUAUUAACAUAGGGCAUCUAAUUAGAGAAACAAGUAAAUAUAUUUUUAUCUGCUAAACAGCUCUUUGAAAUACAGAAUUUGUGGUAGACUUGCGCUCAAACUUUGUUAUAAUAUUCUAUUGUUAAUAACAGUUAUGUACUAAUAGAGUUUGUACAGAAAUCUGUCAAAUAUCUUGUGUACACGUAUAUAUUUAUGAUCAUGUAAAAGAAUUGUAAAAUAUAUCAAAGAACAUAUUCGAAAAACAGAGAAUGCUAGUACAAAUUGUUAAUAUAGAUAUUGUUAACUGAAGUGUUAUAAAAACUGUUAAACUACUAAAAAUGCAUGUCUCAUAUAGAUAUAUAUCAUAAAUCAUUAAAAAAUGGGAUCAUAUAUUACGCAAGUAUUAACAUUUAGUUUAUUUGCAAUAUGAGUAUUAUAUCUGCAUGACAUAAAUAGCGUCAAUGCAAAUGCCCUAACAAGUUUGUUCUUUUAUCUAUAAUAAAAAGAAUAAAUGUAUUUUUUUCCAAUUUCAACAAUUAUACAAAUAACUUUAAGAAAUACAACAAACAUCUACAUUUUUUCGCAUUAAACUAUAGAUAUGUGUAAUACGUACAAUCGUUAAUGUAAUAGUAAAUGAAUGAUAACUCUAUUAACUAAAUAGUAAUACAUACUAAAUUAGUAUAGUAUUGCAGCAUUCUAUUAACAUCAACUAAGUUCUGACAAUAAUUUCGUAAAUAUAAUGUGCAAUAUAUACGUAUGUGUAUUAAUAAAUAGCACAAUUAUUUAUAAAGGAGCAAAUUAAUAAAAAAAUUAUUUGUACCUCAUGUCUCUUUUACAAAAUGAUUUAUAAUUAUCUUGUAUGUUCAUACUGAUCCAACUUAUUUUAAUACUAUGUACAUCUAGCUUGAAGUGUGCUGUAUACUAUAAAACACUGUUGUUUGAUUUAAUCUUAAUGGCUUAAUAAAAUCAGUUUAAGAACUACGUUUUUCUUUAA